GUUAGUCUACGACAACAACAGCAUAACUAAAUUAGUGAUUAGAUUGAACGAAUCCGAAGGCCUAACAAAGUAAAUAUCUGAUACAUCUGAACGUCAUGAAAAAGAACACAGAAGAUGGAACUUUUGAAAAUGUUUAACCUAACUUGGUGCGCCUCAGCCGGACGGAACGGGUUGGAACACAUUGGCUCUAUUCAUGACAUUUCUCUAUUUGCAACGUUCGAAAACGUUUGGCAAUUGAACAUGGCCUCGCAUUAUUCCGUGGGCGGGGUAAAGAGCACCUGUCGCUAAUUACGGUAUAUUCAAGACAACAAAAGGAGGUCGUUUCAACAGGGAAGUAGUUUCGCCUACAGCAUCUAAUCAUCUAAGACGAAUUGCUACUUCGAUCGAGAAAAUAUUAUUUGGAAGACUGUUAUUUACUUUGACGGAGAAAAACAUGAAACAGGUGUGGAGUGGUGGUCUAUUGUUCGUACUGCUCGCGGUACUGGUCCGCGGUCAGUUGGGCGAAGAGAAACAAGGAUGCGCUUGGGAUGUAGACACUGACAGCGACCAAGGUCUUGACCCAAAAUCCCUUGACGCUGGAGCCAGCUAUUUGGCUCACCUGCCGGAGAUAUCAGACAGUAAGGGGUGUCAGGACGCUUGCUGCGGAUACCAGGACUGCCAGCUCGCUUUGGUUGGAACCCCAGCGGAUGGAACUUCGGAGUGUUUUCUCGUCAACUGCAUGAAAGAUGGACAGGACGUCUGCGUCUUACAGUCCGAUACACAGUUCAAGGUCUACCGCAAAAAGACGCAUCCAAAGACUCCAAAAAUCGAAGUUGACGAUAUUAGUGAAGCUGGUGUGCCCAGGGAAGUCAACUCGACAGAUAAGUGCCGCAUGCCCAUGGUAGUGGGUUCCUGCCGCGCUGCCUUCCCCAAAUACUACUAUGACGUCAUCAACCAGACCUGCAAGCUGUUCAUCUAUGGCGGCUGCAACGGCAACAGCAACAACUUUCAGAGUCAGGAGGAAUGUGAGGGGGCUUGUAGUGGGGUGACAGGUGCUGUGCUGCUGUCCAAGGACUCGCCCAUGCGGAGAAGAAUGGCUAUGCCUGCCGACGAUCAAGUGACUGUCAUCGCUGGCUCUAAGGGAAGGAAAGGAUCUGAUGCUGACAAACCUACAGAUCACAAGAGCAUUGAAUAUAAAGAUGCUUGCAUGGUGCCCUCGGACUCAGGCCCUUGCCGUGCUGCCUUCAAUAUGUUCUACUUUGACCCCAGCACUCGCUCCUGCCAGUCUUUCAUCUACGGUGGCUGCCAGGGAAACGGCAACCGCUACGACACACUGGACGAAUGCAUGGCCCGGUGCACUGGAGAGCACGGUGAGCAAGGGCAACACAAUGGCCUUAACCGCAUGACACCAGGGUUCUUCCUGGUGACCGCGCUGGCAGUGACUUCAGCUCUGAUCCUGAUGGGUCUGAUCGUCAUCACCAUCCGGCGCUCCAAGCUGCAACGUGGCCACCGCCACCUCGGUGACAAGGAGGACCUGCUGCCCUACGAGCAGCUGUUUGAGGAGCAGCUGCCCGAGGAAGCGCUCCCAAAAGUGUGCACCGCACCAUGAGGGAGCCUGCUCCUGUGUGGCUCCAUGGAGCCACAGUCGCCUCACUCUACUGUCACUUUCCAUUCCACAAAUAUCACUGUCCCGGAAUGCCUGCAUCUGUUGGUUGUCAAGGGAUGUAUUCAGAUAUGAUGGGAAGUUGUUUAAUUGUGGCUUUUUAUCCAAAUAGCCACUGUACUAAUUAUGUAGAUACAGUGAUACAUGCAUGCCUGAGCGGUGUUUAGGUUUGGGGUGUAGUGAGUGAUUUAGGCCUAUGCUUGACAUUUUCAGAUCAUAGUGAAUUUCUGCUGCUGUCAUUUUACUUUGUUUAUUUAAAAGGGAAAGACUUUGACGCGUGGUCUCCCGGACACAGAUUACGCCUAAUCUUGGAGUUAAACUCAAUUGAGACUCUCCAUUUUUAAAAUGCUUUUUAGUCCAGGGUUAGGCACAUCAAUGGGUCUGGGAAACCUCGCUUGAAUGUGGUUUUUAAACCCCUUUUUGUAAACAAGUUAAUGAACAUACUGCUAUACUAUGUUUACUGUGAGAUGUUAUUUUGUACACCCUAUAUUCAGUGGCAAGAUUGCCUUUUUAAAAUAUAAUUAAGUCAAUUUAAUGAACCAAUAACCUAUUUCAUGUAAUAUUUUACUUACAGUUUAAGAGAUGCACAUCAUUUCGAUCAUAAACAUGACAUAACUGUUAUUUUCAUGACUAACACUAAUACGAAACAGCUCCAUAUAGAAUUUAAAUGUUCAGUAUCUUAUUGUGGGAUUUCCGGUUCUACCUGUAGCUCUGCAGCAGUGAGCUGGAUGAUGUCAACACUGCGUCAUCUGUGUUAACUACUGACUGUGUUUAAUAAAGUACUGGUGCUUGGUU